UCGCAGCUGUGCUGUGUUGCUGUUGGCACGUCUUUUAUGACACAAUUUUCAUAAAUUUAAAAAACGUUUUUAUAUUCUUUGUUUAUUGGAUUUUGUUGGAGUGAAGUUGAGUUGCUGUCAAGUCAACAAAAGGUUCAGCACGAUGUCAACACUACAACAACAAACGCAACUACUUCUACUUUGCAGUCUGCUGUUGAUACGGGCGCCAGCACCCAGCAUGUCCAGUUUGUUGAGCACGGAAACGGAUGAUUUUAUCGAUUGGUGGCAGCAUGCGGUCUUCUACCAGAUCUAUCCCAGAUCCUUCAAGGACAGCAAUGGCGAUGGCAUCGGCGAUUUGCAGGGCAUCAUCUCAAAGCUGCCGUAUUUAGCAGAGACUGGCAUCACAGCCACUUGGCUGAGUCCCAUUUUUCAAUCUCCCAUGGUGGACUUUGGCUACGACAUAUCCGACUACAGAAGCAUACAAAGCGAAUAUGGCAGCAUGUCGGACUUCGAGCAAUUGGUGCACACAGCCACAACUUUGGGCAUAAAGAUUGUGCUUGACUUUGUGCCGAAUCAUAGCUCAGAUCAGCAUGAAUGGUUCAAGAAGUCGGUGGCCAAAGAGCCAGGCUAUGAGGAUUUUUAUAUCUGGUCCGAUGGGAAACUGGAUGAAGAUGGGAAACGACAACCGCCCAACAAUUGGCAGUCGGUGUUCUAUGGCUCGGCAUGGGAAUGGAACGAGGAGAGAGAGCAAUACUAUCUGCAUCAGUUCACUAAGGAGCAACCGGAUCUGAAUUUCCGCAAUGCAGCCGUUGUGCAGGCCAUGGAUGAUGUAAUGUUGUAUUGGCUGCAAAAAGGUGUUGCCGGAUUUCGCAUUGAUGCGGUGAAUCAUUUAUUUGAAAGCGAAACGCUGGCGGAUGAACCUCUCUCGGGCAAGUCAACGGAUCCGCUUUCCUACGAUUACACGCGGCACAUCUAUACGAAGGAUUUGCCCGAAGUGUUGGAUAUGGUUCAGCAUUGGCGGCAACUGCUGGACGAUUAUACGGCCAAGCAUCCGGCUGGCGGAGCGCGCAUUAUGAUGACCGAAGCGUAUGCUGGGCUCCGGGAGCUGGCGGAUUACUAUGAGGAUGCGAAUGGGGUGCGUGGCUCGCAUUUGCCCUUCAACUUUAACUUUAUCACGAAUGUGAAUGGCGAGUCGGAUGCUCGUGACUUUGUCUACAACGUGGAGAAGUGGCUGGUCUAUAUGCCACGCGGGCAUGCGGCCAAUUGGGUCAUGGGCAAUCAUGACAAUCCGCGUGUCGCCACACGCUUUGGCGCCGACAGUGUCGAUGCCAUGAACAUGCUGCUCAUGACGCUGCCCGGCGUUGCAGUCACUUAUAAUGGCGAAGAGUUGGGCAUGGAAGACAAUAAGGAGAUUAGCUGGGAGGAGACUGUCGAUCCGCCAGCACGUAAUGCUGGUGAACUGGACUUUCAAAAGGUUUCCAGAGAUCCGGCGCGUACGCCUUUUCAGUGGAGCAGUGCCAGAAAUGCGGGUUUCUCGGAUGCACCCAGAACGUGGCUGCCAGUGAAUCCAAACUAUGUGCAGCUUAAUUUGCAGUCACAGCAGCUAGCGAAGAAAAGCCACUAUAAGGUCUACAAGUUGUUGAUUGAGCUGCGCAAGUUGCCUGUAUUGCGACGUGGACGCUUCAGCAUUGAGCCCCUUUCUCGCGCUGUUUUCGCUAUCAAACGCUCACUCAAGGAUUACAACACAUUCGUCACGAUCAUCAAUGUAAGCGACAAGGAACAGAUUGUAAAUCUCACGGAUUUCAUAAAUCGUCCGCAGCAAUUGAUUGUGGCUGUUGCCGGCGUGGAUUCAACUUAUGAGCCGGGUGACUACAGCAAUCGCAAUGGCAGCCAGCAGCUAUUAUUGCCACCCAAUGCUGGCAUUGUCCUCUGGCAGCAGGAUGCGAUUAUGAGUGCACAGCGUCGCCAAUUGGUUAAGCAGCUCAUCAAGUCGUUUAAUGUGGUUCUUGUGGCGUUGCUAAUGUACAAUUUGUGGCGUCACAAAUGGACGAAAGUAAAUUUCAAUUAGCCAUUUUGAUGCAUUGAUU